CGACAGGAGCUCCUCUUCUGUGCGAUUCAAUGGCCAGCUCGUUAUGGAAUCAAGAAGCCGUGUCUGCCUUGAACAUCGGAACCAGAAAGCGUCGUGGAUCGGAGGCGAUUAUUCAUCGCCCUCGCCAGCACGCUCCUUACCACUAACUACCACCGUGCCCGCCAGGAUGUUGAUGAACUUAAAACUGCCAACGACGGGAUUCUGCUUCGGUACCCAUCUUCCGCGUCUUCGGGCCCCGGGACCACGUAUACACCCUCAUUUUUUUUUUCAUUCAUUCAUCCAUGAGCGAUGCCUUUUCUUAUCGUACGACUGUUCUGGUAGGGAAGUCCCGAGUGGUGGAGAUGUGAAAGCUGGCCUAACUCCAUGGCGGUUGUCAGUUGCAACUGUCUCGUGUUUUCAGCCGGCAAGAAAUAUCCGAUGUUUGAAAGCAUUUCCAGGAACAGUCUUGGCUUCGUCAUCGGUCGUCCUCGUUCGUGCGCUGAGUCUCUUCGUAGCCUUUCGCCGUGCGAAGGGAAGGGUUUGGGAAGCCUUGAGGAAAUAGGUCCAGCUAGUCGGCACCGAGAUAUCUCGUACGCUUGGUCUCUAUUAGGAUUUUAAUGUGCACGAUAGACCGUCAGAAAUCUGAUUGCGCCUAAGCG